AAGAGGGAAGCAACAGAAUCUGGCUGGGGGAGGAAGUGGGAGUGCGUGAACUACUUACUGAACGGGGAAGUAAAGAAGCAGAGCACAGAAACGGGCACACAACGCACGCACGCACGCACUGCACCACACCGGCGGAAAAAAGCUUUAUUUUAAGCGCGGCGCCACCAUUGCUGUCGUCCUCCUAUGCCGCUUUCCAUCUUUUCGCCCGCUCUCUCUCUCUCUCAUCUCCACCUUCUUUCCUCUCUCCAGCCAGAGCGGAAGAGGAGCGGGGCCGGCCAACAAAGCCAGCCGCCACUAUUUAUCAGUUCCCUGCCUACACCACUCCAGCUACCAGUAGCUAGCAAGCCCCGACUAUAAUACUACUACGCGUGUUCUCGCAAAAGCAGCGGACGAAACGCCGGCGCGGCAAUGGAGACCGGCAGCAGCGGCGGCGGCGGCGGUGGGGGAGGCGACGACUUCCACGGGCUCAAGUUCGGCCAGAAGAUCUACUUCGAGCAGGACGUGGCCAGCGGCAGCGGGGCGACGACUUCCGCGGCGGGCGGCGGCGCUGGGGCCGGAGGAGAAGGAGCAGCAGCAGCAGCCUCUGCCGCCGCUGCGGCCGGCAACGGCGCCGCGCACGCUCAGGCGCAGCCGCCGAGGUGCCAGGUGGAAGGGUGCGGCGUGGAUCUGAGCGGCGACAAGACCUACUACUGCCGCCACAAGGUGUGCUCCAUGCACUCCAAGGCGCCGCUCGUCGUCGUCGCCGGCAUCCAGCAGCGCUUCUGCCAACAGUGCAGCAGGUUCCACCAGUUACCUGAAUUCGACCAAGGAAAACGAAGUUGCCGCAGGCGCCUAGCGGGUCACAAUGAGCGCCGGAGGAAGCCCCCACCUGGUCCUCUGUCUUCGCGCUAUGGCCGGCUUGCCGCGUCCUUCCAUGAAGAUCCCGGCAGGUUCAGAAGCUUUCUGCUGGAUUUCUCGUACCCAAGGGUUCCAAGCAGCGUGAGGGAUGCGUGGCCAACGGCUCAUCCCGGCGAACACCACCGGAUGCCCGGCACGGCAGCCCAGUGGCAAGGGAGCCAUGAACUCCAUCAUCCUCACCGCAGCACAGUUGCCGGAUACGGCGUCGACCACCACGCUUACGCCGGCCAGGGUAGCUCGUCGGGUGGCGCCGCGCCGAUGUACCCAAGCUUCGAGCUUCCCGCGGCCGAAUGUAUCGCAGGAGUCACGGCCGCCGACUCCAGCUGUGCUCUCUCUCUUCUGUCAACUCAGCCAUGGGAUCAUAGUGCCCACAGCGCCAGCCACAACCGGCCCCCGGCAAUGUCGACGGCCAGCGCCUUCCAGGUCAGCCCGGUGGCGCCAUCCGUCAUGGCCAGCGACUACAUGGCGGCGGCAAGCAACAGCGCCUGGGCUAGCACCCGGGGCAGGAACAUGCAGCAGCACCAGCAGCAGCAGCAUCACCAUCAUCAUGACGCUGUGAUGAGCGAUGUCCAUCCAGGCUCGGUUCACCAGCAUGGCGGUCAGUUCGGGGAGCUCGAGCUCGCGCUGCAGCAGGGGAGGGCCGGGGCGCCGAACACGCCGCACGCCGAGCAUGGGUCUUCCGGCGCCGGCGCCUUUGGCCACCACUCCAGCAACGCCAUGAACUGGUCUCUGUAGGGGAUCGACGAGCUUCUCUCCGGCCGGCCGGGCCGGACGGCAUUCGCAUUGUCACGCCAAAGAGACAUGGGACAUUGGGAGGCCUGAGUUUUGUGCGCCUUCGACUUGCCGAUUUGGAUUUCAGGAUGAGGAGGAGAUUCUUAGCUGGUAGACCUGGAAUUUCUCCCGUGGAGCCCAAGGUGUACAUGUACUCGACAGUUUGAUCCCACUGUGUAAAACUCCAUAGCUUUAAUUCGCUUCUCGAGGACUCUUUAACGUAUUGAUCGAUCUCGUUGCCGUCA